AUGGCCUCAUCAUCUUCAUCGUACCCUCUGAAAGACGAACUCGAUAUCGUCAUACCCACGAUUCGAAACCUUGAUUUCCUCGAAAUGUGGAGGCCAUUCUUUCAACCAUAUCAUUUGAUCAUUGUUCAAGAUGGUGAUCCUUCGAAGACGAUUAAGGUCCCCGAUGGGUUUGAUUACAAGCUCUAUAACCGUAACGAUAUUAACAAGAUCUUGGGUCCGAAGGCGUCGUGUAUCUCGUUUAAGGAUUCGGCUUGCCGAUGCUUCGGGUACAUGGUUUCGAAGAAGAAGUAUAUCUUCACCAUUGAUGAUGAUUGCUUCGUUGCUAAGGACCCAAGUGGGAAGGACAUAGAUGCCCUUCGACAACACAUUAGGAACCUCCUCCACCCUGCAACUCCCUAUUUCUUCAACACCCUUUACGACCCGUUCACCGAUGGUGCGGAUUUCGUCCGUGGCUACCCGUUCAGCCUCCGUGAGGGUGUUCCGACCGCCGUCUCUCAUGGUCUUUGGCUCAACAUCCCGGACUAUGAUGCACCAACUCAGCUCGUCAAGCCGAGAGAGAGAAACACAAGGUAUGUUGAUGCAGUCAUGACACUCCCAAAGGGCAUUUUGUUCCCUAUGUGUGGAAUGAACCUGGCAUUUGACCGGGAUCUCAUCGGUCCAGCCAUGUAUUUCGGACUCAUGGGUGAUGGUCAACCCAUUGGCCGCUAUGACGACAUGUGGGCUGGCUGGUGUGUCAAGGUGAUAUGUGAUCAUUUGGGGCUCGGGAUCAAGACCGGGUUGCCAUACAUUUGGCACAGCAAAGCGAGCAACCCGUUCGUGAACCUCAAAAAAGAGUACAAAGGCAUAUUUUGGCAAGAAGAGAUCAUCCCGUUCUUCCAAGACGUUAUUCUUCCAAAAGAGAGCACUACGGUACAGGAUUGUUACAUCAAAUUGUCAAAGCAGGUUAAAGAUAAGCUUGGGAAAAUCGACCCGUACUUUGUCAAGCUCGCGGAUGCCAUGGUUACAUGGAUCGAAGCUUGGGAAGAGCUCAACCCACCUGCUAAGGCGGCUAACGGCAAGUGAAGAGAUAUACGCACAU